AUGCCGUUGAACAUUAUUGGAACAGCGCUAUUUGAGGGAACCGACAAGAUCCCAUACUAUGAACCCAUCAAAAGGGCAUUACCGUACGUCCUAGGGGCUAGUGCCAUCAAAUAUUGGUCUCGUGGUCCAUCUAAUACAUGGGAAAGAAAAUUGCAUGGGAAAGUCUACAUAGUAACCGGUGCCACAUCUCAAGGAAUGGGGACAUCCGUUGUAUUGCAAAUGGCUCAAUUGGGUGCUCAAUUGAUUAUCUUAACUAGAGAAGUGGAUGAAUGGUCUACUGAAUGGUGUGAAGAUUUGAGAGAUAAGACUGGGAAUGAAUUGAUCUUUAUGGAACAAUGUGAUUUGAAUAAUCUUUGGGAAGUCCGGAAAUUUGCAACUAAUUGGUUGAAUAAUUCUCCUCCGAGGAGAUUGGAUGGUGUCAUCGUCAUGUCAGGAGAUAUGGAACCAUGGGGGUUGCCGAUUGUUUCUCGUCCUACAAGACGGUCAUCAGAAGAUGGAUUGGAAUUACAAAUGGCUACUAAUUUUGUGGGAGUGUUCCAUUUGUUGAAUUUGUUACAACCAAGUUUUAAAGCUCAACCUCCAGAUCGUGAUGUUAGAAUUAUUGUUACUACUUGUUGGUUACAGGUAUUCGGUGAAAUUAAUGUCACCGAUCCACUUUGGCAAUCUGCUAAAUAUGAUAGACCAUUGAAGUUCUUCUCUAGUAGUAAAUUACAGCUUGGUUUAUGUAUGAUGGAAUUACAAAGGAGAAUCAUAAAUGAUAUUAAGACUAAACAAAAGGAAGGUGUCGAAAGAACGGGGAAGAAUGUGACGGUUUCAAUGGUUCAACCAGGUACUAUGAGAUCGUCAAGUUUACGUCGUGUGAUAAGUAAUGGAUCCGUUUUAGUAUUGAUUUUCCUCUAUUCGAUCAUCUUAUAUCCUUUAUUAUGGUUAUUCACAAAGAGUGCUAAUAGGGGUGCACAAAGUUUAUUAUAUUCAUUGAUGACACCAGAACUAGAAGAAAUUAAUUUGAAAGAUGAGAAAGUGAAAUAUAUUUCUGAUUGUUCAAUUGUUAAGUUUUCUCGUAAAGAAUUUGAUAAUGAAGAAUUACAAAAGGAAUUAUUUGAUAAUACUGAAAAGAAAAUAUUAGAAUUAGAGAAGCAAAUGGCCAUGAAAAGAAAUGCGUUAAAAAAAGAAACUGCAUCUUCUGCUUCGUCGGAGUUUAGUUCCUCUAAAGAAAGUAAAGCUAAAACAGAGAAACAAAGGCAGAAUCAGAAGCAGAAGCAGAAACCGAAACAAAACCUGAAUAAGAAGAAGAAGAAGUAG